AUGGAUGAUUAUACAAGCAAUAUUAGAGAGGGAGGGGAGGAAUCUGAGGAAGAAUCUGAGGAGGAGAUAGAGGCUGAGGGUAAUGCCAAUGUUAGUGGGGGUAAUCUUCAUUCAAGUAAACAUGCUCCAUUUGAUAGAACCUCUAGUAGUCGCAAUCGGUAUGAGAAUAAUGCCAAUGUUAGUGGGGGUAAUCUUCAUUCAAGUAAACAUGCUCCAUUUGAUAGAACCUCUAGUAGUCGCAAUCGGUAUGAGAAUAAUGCCAAUGUUAGUGGGGGUAAUCUUCAUUCAAGUAAACAUGCUCCAUUUGAUAGAACCUCUAGUAGUCGCAAUCGGUAUGAGAAUAAUGCCAAUGUUAGUGGGGGUAAUCUUCAUACAAGUGAACAUGCUCCAUUUGAUAGAACCUCUAGUAGUCGCAAUCGGUAUGAGAAUAAUGCCAAUGUUAGUGGGGGUAAUCUUCAUACAAGUGAACAUGCUCCAUUUGAUAGAACCUCUAGUAGUCGCAAUCGGUAUGAGAAUAAUGCCAAUGUUAGUGGGGGUAAUCUUCAUACAAGUGAACAUGCUCCAUUUGAUAGAACCUCUAGUAGUCGCAAUCGGUAUGAGAAUAAUGCCAAUGUUAGUGGGGGUAAUCUUCAUUCAAGUGAACAUGCUCCAUUUGAUAGAACCUCUAGUAGUCGCAAUCGAACCUCUAGUAGUCGCAAUCGGUAUGAGAAUAAUCCCAAUGUUAGUGGGGGUAACCUUCAUACAAGUGAACAUGCUCCAUUUGAUAGAACCUCUAGUAGUCGCAAUCGGUAUGAGAAUAAUCCCAAUGCUAGUGGGGGUAACCUUCAUACAAGUGAACAUGCUCCAUUUGAUAGAACCUCUAGUAGUCGCAAUCGGUAUGAGAAUAAUCCCAAUGUUAGUGGGGGUAAUCUUCAUACAAGUGAACAUGCUCCAUUUGAUAGAACCUCUAGUAGUCGCAAUCGGUAUGAGAAUAAUGCCAAUGUUAGUGGGGGUAAUCUUCAUUCAAGUGAACAUGCUCCAUUUGAUAGAACCUCUAGUAGUCGCAAUCGGUAUGAGAAUAAUCCCAAUGUUAGUGGGGGUAAUCUUCAUACAAGUGAACAUGCUCCAUUUGAUAGAACCUCUAGUAGUCGCAAUCGGUAUGAGAAUAAUCCCAAUGUUAGUGGGGGUAAUCUUCAUACAAGUGAACAUGCUCCAUUUGAUAGAACCUCUAGUAGUCGAAAUCGGUAUGAGAAUAAUGCCAAUGUUAGUGGGGGUAAUCUUCAUUCAAGUGAACAUGCUCCAUUCGCGAGAACCUCUAGUAGUCGGAAUCGGUAUGAGAAUAAUGCCAAUGUUAGUGGGGGUAAUCUUCAUACAAGUGAACAUGCUCCAUUUGAUAGAACCUCUAGUAGUCGGAAUCGAACCUCUAGUAGUCGCAAUCGGUAUGAGAAUAAUCCCAAUGUUAGUGGGGGUAAUCUUCAUUCAAGUGAACAUGCUCCAUUUGAUAGAACCUCUAGUAGUCGCAAUCGGUAUGAGAAUAAUGCCAAUGUUAGUGGGGGUAAUCUUCAUACAAGUGAACAUGCUCCAUUUGAUAGAACCUCUAGUAGUCGCAAUCGGUAUGAGAAUAAUGCCAAUGUUAGUGGGGGUAAUCUUCAUUCAAGUGAACAUGCUCCAUUUGAUAGAACCUCUAGUAGUCGCAAUCGGUAUGAGAAUAAUGCCAAUGUUAGUGGGGGUAAUCUUCAUUCAAGUGAACAUGCUCCAUUUGAUAGAACCUCUAGUAGUCGAAAUCGGUAUGAGAGUAAUGCCAAUGUUAGUGGGGGUAACCUUCAUUCAAGUGAACAUGCUCCAUUUGAUAGAACCUCUAGUAGUCGCAAUCGGUAUGAGAAUAAUGCCAAUGUUAGUGGGGGUAAUCUUCAUUCAAGUGAACAGGCUCCAUUUGAUAGAACCUCUAGUAGUCGAAAUCGGUAUGAGAGUAAUGCCAAUGUUAGUGGGGGUAACCUUCAUUCAAGUGAACAUGCUCCAUUUGAUAGAACCUCUAGUAGUCGCAAUCGGUAUGAGAAUAAUGCCAAUGUUAGUGGGGGUAACCUUCAUUCAAGUGAACAUGCUCCAUUUGAUAGAACCUCUAGUAGUCGCAAUCGGUAUGAGAAUAAUGCCAAUGUUAGUGGGGGUAAUCUUCAUUCAAGUGAACAUGCUCCAUUUGAUAGAACCUCUAGUAGUCGAAAUCGAACCUCUAGUAGUCGCAAUCGGUAUGAGAAUAAUGCCAAUGUUAGUGGGGGUAAUCUUCAUACAAGUGAACAUGCUCCAUUUGAUAGAACCUCUAGUAGUCGCAAUCGGUAUGAGAAUAAUGCCAAUGUUAGUGGGGGUAAUCUUCAUACAAGUGAACAUGCUCCAUUUGAUAGAACCUCUAGUAGUCGCAAUCGGUAUGAGAAUAAUCCCAAUGUUAGUGGGGGUAAUCUUCAUACAAGUGAACAUGCUCCAUUUGAUAGAACCUCUAGUAGUCGGAAUCGGUAUGAGAGUAAUGCCAAUGUUAGUGGGGGUAACCUUCAUUCAAGUGAACAUGCUCCAUUUGAUAGAACCUCUAGUAGUCGAAAUCGGUAUGAGAAUAAUGCCAAUGUUAGUGGGGGUAAUCUUCAUACAAGUGAACAUGCUCCAUUUGAUAGAACCUCUAGUAGUCGAAAUCGGUAUGAGAAUAAUCCCAAUGUUAGUGGGGGUAAUCUUCAUACAAGUGAACAUGCUCCAUUUGAUAGAACCUCUAGUAGUCGAAAUCGGUAUGAGAAUAAUGCCAAUGUUAGUGGGGGUAAUCUUCAUACAAGUGAACAUGCUCCAUUUGAUAGAACCUCUAGUAGUCGAAAUCGGUAUGAGAAUAAUGCCAAUGUUAGUGGGGGUAAUCUUCAUUCAAGUGAACAUGCUCCAUUUGAUAGAACCUCUAGUAGUCGAAAUCGUUAUGAGAAUAAUGCCAAUGUUAGUGGGGGUAACCUUCAUUCAAGUGAACAUGCUCCAUUUGAUAGAACCUCUAGUAGUCGAAAUCGGUAUGAGAAUAAUGCCAAUGUUAGUGGGGGUAAUCUUCAUACAAGUGAACAUGCUCCAUUUGAUAGAACCUCUAGUAGUCGGAAUCGGUAUGAGAAUAAUGCCAAUGUUAGUGGGGGUAAUCUUCAUACAAGUGAACAUGCUCCAUUUGAUAGAACCUCUAGUAGUCGAAAUCGGUAUGAGAAUAAUGCCAAUGUUAGUGGGGGUAAUCUUCAUACAAGUGAACAUGCUCCAUUUGAUAGAACCUCUAGUAGUCGGAAUCGGUAUGAGAAUAAUGCCAAUGUUAGUGGGGGUAAUCUUCAUACAAGUGAACAUGCUCCAUUUGAUAGAACCUCUAGUAGUCGAAAUCAGUAUGAGAAUAAUGCCAAUGUUAGUGGGGGUAAUCUUCAUUCAAGUGAACAUGCUCCAUUUGAUAGAACCUCUAGUAGUCGCAAUUGGUAUGAGAAUAAUGCCAAUGUUAGUGGGGGUAACCUUCAUUCAAGUGAACAUGCUCCAAUCGAUAGAACCUCUAGUAGUCGCAAUCGGUAUGAGAAUAAUGCCAAUGUUAGUGGGGGUAACCUUCAUUCAAGUGAACAUGCUCCAUUUGAUAGAACCUCUAGUAGUCGAAAUCGGUAUGAGAAUAAUGCCAAUGUUAGUGGGGGUAACCUUCAUUCAAGUGAACAUGCUCCAUUCGCGAGAACCUCUAGUAGUCGCAAUCGGUAUGAGAAUAAUGCCAAUGUUAGUGGGGGUAAUCUUCAUUCAAGUGAACAUGCUCCAUUUGAUAGAACCUCUAGUAGUCGCAAUCGGUAUGAGAAUAAUGCCAAUGUUAGUGGGGGUAACCUUCAUUCAAGUGAACAUGCUCCAUUUGAUAGAACCUCUAGUAGUCGCAAUCGGUAUGAGAAUAAUGCCAAUGUUAGUGGGGGUAACCUUCAUUCAAGUGAACAUGCUCCAUUUGAUAGAACCUCUAGUAGUCGCAAUCGGUAUGAGAAUAAUGCCAAUGUUAGUGGGGGUAACCUUCAUUCAAGUGAACAUGCUCCAUUCGCGAGAACCUCUAGUAGUCGCAAUCGGUAUGAGAAUAAUGCCAAUGUUAGUGGGGGUAAUCUUCAUUCAAGUGAACAUGCUCCAUUUGAUAGAACCUCUAGUAGUCGCAAUCGGUAUGAGAAUAAUGCCAAUGUUAGUGGGGGUAACCUUCAUUCAAGUGAACAUGCUCCAUUCGCGAGAACCUCUAGUAGUCGCAAUCGGUAUGAGAAUAAUGCCAAUGUUAGUGGGGGUAAUCUUCAUUCAAGUGAACAUGCUCCAUUUGAUAGAACCUCUAGUAGUCGCAAUCGGUAUGAGAAUAAUGCCAAUGUUAGUGGGGGUAACCUUCAUUCAAGUGAACAUGCUCCAUUCGCGAGAACCUCUAGUAGUCGCAAUCGGUAUGAGAAUAAUGCCAAUGUUAGUGGGGGUAAUCUUCAUUCAAGUGAACAUGCUCCAUUUGAUAGAACCUCUAGUAGUCGCAAUCGGUAUGAGAAUAAUGCCAAUGUUAGUGGGGGUAACCUUCAUUCAAGUGAACAUGCUCCAUUUGAUAGAACCUCUAGUAGUCGCAAUCGGUAUGAGAAUAAUGCCAAUGUUAGUGGGGGUAACCUUCAUUCAAGUGAACAUGCUCCAUUUGAUAGAACCUCUAGUAGUCGCAAUCGGUAUGAGAAUAAUGCCAAUGUUAGUGGGGGUAAUCUUCAUUCAAGUGAACAUGCUCCAUUUGAUAGAACCUCUAGUAGUCGCAAUCGGUAUGAGAAUAAUGCCAAUGUUAGUGGGGGUAAUCUUCAUUCAAGUGAACAUGCUCCAUUUGAUAGAACCUCUAGUAGUCGCAAUCGGUAUGAGAAUAAUGCCAAUGUUAGUGGGGGUAAUCUUCAUUCAAGUGAACAUGCUCCAUUUGAUAGAACCUCUAGUAGUCGAAAUCGGUAUGAGAAUAAUGCCAAUGUUAGUGGGGGUAACCUUCAUUCAAGUGAACAUGCUCCAUUUGAUAGAACCUCUAGUAGUCGCAAUCGGUAUGAGAAUAAUGCCAAUGUUAGUGGGGGUAAUCUUCAUUCAAGUGAACAUGCUCCAUUUGAUAGAACCUCUAGUAGUCGCAAUCGGUAUGAGAAUAAUGCCAAUGUUAGUGGGGGUAAUCUUCAUUCAAGUGAACAUGCUCCAUUUGAUAGAACCUCUAGUAGUCGCAAUCGGUAUGAGAAUAAUGCCAAUGUUAGUGCAGGUAAUCUUCAUUCAAGUGAACAUGCUCCAUUUGAUAACCUCUAG